CUUGGACGAAGAAGAAGAGAGCACGCGACUGCACUGCACGGGUAUAGCGUGUUCAUCUUCAGACCACGAAGCUGCUCGCACAGCGGUGUUCCCAUGUCGCGCGAACGGAACUCGGACCGCAAGAGUACUGCCGGUGUCCUGGACGCCGCAUUCUCCGAGAUAACCUACGAGUCUCUGGGCACGCUGGCGUCCGAAGCAACCUUGCGACGGUCGGCGGCAAGGAGGGAACCCAGCCCGGUGUCCUCGGCAGAGUCCCCUUAUGGGGGCUGGUCGCGCUUCUCUGUCUCCCGGGGCAACGCCAACCAGCGUUCAGCCGCCGGACACAGCAUCUUCACGGGGCGGUUGUCGUUCCAACGCAGCCACCAGUGGGGCCUCACCACGGCAGCCGACCGCAAGCUAAGGGAGCGGCGCCUCGCGCUGUGGAGGUACGGCUCGGGGGAUGUGGCAAACACCACAGAGCCGACUUUUCGCACUUCACGCAGUCCACGCCCUCUGGUGUGCCUUUGCUUAGCCUCUCUGGCUGCUGCUCUUGCUGUCGCCGUGCUGGCUGUGAGCGUCCGACUUCGCUCCAUACGUAACCGCGAUCCACUGGAUGUCGUGGGCAUAGUGAGCCCCCUGCCGUGUGCCCAGUACGACUUCUGCAGGCACGAGGCAUCCCAUCUACUGUUCAACGCCUCUGUGUCCCCUUGCCAGGACUUCCACGCUUUCGCCUGCGGUCCCUGGUCCGCCACGUCCGAGCACCGCUCCCAACACGAGGAGGCCACCAACCACGUGAUGCGAACUCUCCUCAAACGGUCGCUAGCCGAAAUGUCCCGCGGUGGAGACAACAGGUCGGGGGAGUUUGAGUUUGACCUGGCAAACGACAUCCUCUUCGAGAAGUGCAUGCGCACAAACUCCAGGGAGCGCAGCAGUCUAGGAAUAGCCAGGAAACUGCUGGCGGAAUUCGGACUGGGCGGCUGGCCGUACGGGGAAGGAAAGCUACAAGACGGCGAAGAACUGGUGCUGCGAACAGCGGCUAAGAUAGCGCUACAGUUGGGCCUGUCGGCGCUUAUGAGCGUUCGGUCGCCUACUCCGGGCCGCGAGUUUGAGGUGGACGAGCCCGUGCUGUUGUUGAGGAGGGAAGAUCUGAGCGGGCCGGACGUCACCACAAGGACGACUCUGCUGCAUCAACAGCUUGUGGCGGAAUCUUUCUUCUACUUUGCGCACAGUUCUCGAAACGUGUACAAGAUACAAGAGCAAAUCCAGCUGGUCUCGCUGGUCUUGGCUCGUGGCUCUCGGCGGGCUACGGAACGUCGUUUCUGCUCUUUCAACCACGAGCGAGCAUCACUCAGCAACACCAGCGUGAUCGCUCGCUAUGUCCGCUACUUGCAACCUCUGGGCUUUGCCGUACACUCUAACAGCAGCGUGGUUGUACGCAACCCCGUACAGCUGCGAGCGCUCGACUUCCUUUUCCGCUACUUUCGACCCCGGCAUCUUCUCAACUAUCUGGGCUUCCGCUUCUUGAUCCACAUGUCCCCACUCAUCUUCGAGAUUCCCAACAACAUGGUUCGAGCUCGCAUGUACCAGGCGACGGGAAUCGACAAGAUGGUGUGGCUGCGAGCGGAAGUGUGCCUUCGGCUGACCGAAGAGGCCCUACCGCUCUUCUAUCUCUACGACUACUAUUCCUCGCAACCCGAGUCCUACUGGAAAGGGAUCGAGGCCGUCCUCUCGGUCAUUCAGCGGUCGGUGCUCACGCGGGCUGUGAUGCCGUGGAGGUUCUCGGAGGCCGACAAGGAGAAAGUACUGGUCAUCCUGACGGGCCUCGACUUCCGAUCCUUCCUUCCGUCGUGGCUGCUGAACGAGACCCGCCUGGAGGCUUACAACCGACGCCUCCUGCCCAGCCGCAACGCGGACGUCUUCCAGAUGUUCAUGGACGUGUGGCGGAAGAGGACCCGUGCCGCGUUUGCCCCGCGCCGUCGCGUCGAUCAGCUCCUGGCCGAUCCCAACUGGGUGGGCUCCGUCUUUGACGGUAUGCCCACGUAUUCCACGAGAGAGAACCUUCUCUAUAUUCCGAUGGCGUUAUUUAACACGUCGAUACCUGCCACGCUGGAGGCCUUCUACUUGCACAGCGUGGCCACUACCUGGAAACUAGUGUAUGCCCUGGCGCCCGUGUUCGAGCUGAGCACCUUCUGGGACGACGACACGCUGUCCAGCUUUCAAAGUUACCAGCAGUGCGCUCGGAAGAGGUACGACCCGUACAUGCAGCGUAGUCUGCGUGACAGCGCCCUCUACCUGGCCUUCGCCGACGAGAUCUCGGUGUUCUGGUCCGAGCGCCUGGUGAAAGUCUUCGAAGGAACGUCCGCGGCCUCGCCGCUCGACCCCCGUUACGACCGCGCUCAUAUGUUCUACUUGUACACGGCGCUGAGCAAAUGCCGUAGCUACGGGGUUACUCCGCAGCCCUUGGCAGCGGUGGCGGACAAGUACAGAAUCAACGUGCCUUACAUGUACUCGGCAAAGUUCAGGAAGACCUGGAGGUGCAGCGCGCGCUUUGCUUGCAAAUAGGGCUGCAAGAAUAAAAUUAUAGCAAGUGGUAUU